AGAUGGUCUAAGCCGUCGAAAUGAUGUGCUUGAAAAUUAAACUCAUUGACCCAAUUUCUUGCCUACUCGCAUCUAUAGCUUAUAUAAGGCUCUCCUUCAUGUAUCUUUCACAACCCAACGAAGUACAGACACUUUCGCUUCACUGUUUGAGAAUCUCGUUUUCUUGGUUCCAAAUCACAAGCUUUUCAGCAAUUCUAGGAUCGCCAUGGAGAUGUCACCAUUUAGACAAGUCACAACAGAGGAAACAAGGUCAAGGAAAACCAGAAGAGCGUGGAAGUUGAAGCUUAAUAUCACUUGGCAUGCUAUCAAGAAGGCAGUAAGUUACAACGUCAAGAAACGUCUCCACCUGCAUCUUCAUUUAAGCUGUGCAAGAAGCAUGAGACGGCUUUCCACUAACCAAACCCAUCAGGAACUAGCUGUGAAGCCACAUCAAGCUUCCAAACCAAAGCAAAAGGCUAGAAAUCCCAGCAAAACACUAGCAUCCCUCCUCCAUGUGCCAUAUACAGCUUUGGAUUUUGUAGACCGAGGAGAUCACAUGACUCCUACACUAUCUCCCAAGCAGAGUAUAUCAGCAGUGUGGAAAGAAAUCCAUGGCUCAAGCAAUUGGGAGACCCUUCUUGACCCUUUCCACCCGAGUCUUCGACGAGAAAUUCUCAAAUAUGGAGAAUUUGCUCAGGGCACAUAUGAUGCCUUCGACUUUGAUCCUUUAUCAGAUUUUUGUGGGAGUUGCAGGUAUAACCGGCGUAAAUUUUUUGAAACAUUAGGCCUCACAAAGCAUGGUUACAAGGUGAAAAAGUACAUUUAUGCCUUGUCCCAUGUAGAUGUGCCUGAGUGGUUAAAGAGGUCAUACGCUACGUGGAGCAAAGAUUCCAACUGGAUGGGUUAUGUUGCUGUAAGCAGAAGAGAAGAAUCACAGAGAAUCGGCCGGAGAGACAUAAUGGUCGCAUGGCGAGGCACUGUGUCACCAUCAGAGUGGUUCAAAGACCUCACCACAAGUCUAGAACAUAUUGACAACACAAAUGUUAAAGUUCAAGAAGGGUUCCUCAGUGUUUACAAAUCCAAGGAUGAGUUGACAAGGUAUAAUAAGUUAAGUGCCUCUGAGCAGGUUAUGCAAGAAGUGAUGAGACUAGUGAAUUUUUAUAGAGGAAAGGGUGAAGAGGUUAGCUUGACAGUUACAGGGCAUAGCUUAGGAGGUGCAUUGGCACUCCUCAAUGCUUAUGAGGCUGCAACUGCCAUUCCUGAUCUAUUUGUUAGCGUCAUUUCUUUUGGCGCACCAAGGGUUGGAAACAUCGCCUUCAAGGAGAAGCUCAACGAAUUAGGAGUCAAGACCUUACGUGUUGUAGUUAAGCAAGAUAUAGUCCCAAAACUACCAGGCCUGUUGAACAAAAUGCUUAACAAGUUUCAUGGACUCACCGGGAAGUUGAAUUGGGUUUAUAGGCAUGUAGGAACUCAAUUGAAGCUUGAUGCAUUUAUGUCACCCUACUUGAAGCCUGAAUCUGACUUGUCAGGGUCUCAUAAUCUGGAGCUGUAUCUUCACCUGAUAGAUGGAUUUUUUAGCAAGAAAUCCAAGUAUCGAUGGAAUGCUAGGAGAGAUUUGGCAUUGGUGAACAAGGGUAGUGACAUGUUGAUAGAGGAUCUGAAAAUACCAGAGUUCUGGUACCAGUUUCCUUACAAGGGGCUCGUGUUGAACCAAUACGGUAGAUGGGUUAAACCUGGCAGGCUGCCUGAAGAUAUCCCUUCUCCACUGAGUAUCGAUACACCACCGAAACAUGGUCGCCAAUCUUAGAUUACGUUGCACAGUUCCCAGUUUUCGUUUAAUGUUAAGGCUUCAAAUUUGUUGAUUUUUUUGAUUCGUCUCCAAGAAGGAGUAGCUGAUUUGAUUUAUUCUCUGCAUCUCAAGUCCUUUUUUCAUUUCUUACUGGAAACAUAGUGAUAGUGUUGUUAUGUUUCUCUCUUGUACCUAGUAAUCAUGAUUUGGAAUUUGGCUCGGCAUUUUUGGCUGUC